GCGACCAACCAAUCGAUACUGCCGCCACAAGAUGGCGACACCAUCUUUGCAAAAAAGCAGCAGUGAAACAAGCAGCACAAAAAGUAACAGCAACAGCAGCGCAACAACAACAAGUAGGAGACAAAAGACAGCAGCGGGAAUGCUAACGAUAGAUGACAAGGCGCAGGCUUGUGACCCGCUGGACAAAGGUACGUUGAAAAAGCAAGGAGCCGAUGCGUACGCGGUGCAUUCGACUGGAAUCAUCAAGAUGAUGCGAAAACGAAGUAGCGAACCUGUCGAAUUCUGUGCGGAUGCGGGCUUCGGUGGCUGCGGUAGCGGCAGCGGCGUGGUCGCUAAACGCAAGUUUACGGCCCACUUGAAGUUUGCAGACAUUGACGCUGCCAUGCUUCAGUGGGUUUUGGAGAAGACCUCCGAAAAGGUUCCGCUCUCUGACAGUGCCAUACAGGCGAAAGCCAAACAACUUGCACAGGUCCUGGGCACUACGGACUUCAAAGCGUCCAAUGGCUGGCUGUACAAGUUCAAGGAGAGGCACGGUUUCGCGCUCAAGAGCGGUUCCAAAGAGGAGGGAAGUCGCAGCACGCUUGAGGACAUGGGUGCAGGAGUCUGCGGUCUGGGGAACUAUCAUCACGCGCUUCUCGACCACGAUCCGGUCCGUGUUUACAGCUGCUGCGAAACGUCCAUACUUUACAAAAGAGCGCCAUUCGGCAACGGCUGUGAACCAAGCCCCGAAAGCUGUUCGCCGGACGAUCGUCUGACAGUGCUGCUGUGCUGCAACGCCAGUGGUACGCACAAGAUCAAACCGCUGGUUAUCAAUAGCCAGCGGGAGACUCAGGAGGUGCGUGAGAACAUGUCCAAGUUGCCUGUUACUUAUGCCUGGCAACGAUCAUCUUUUAUGACGAGCACCAUCUUCCAGCAGUGGCUCUGGGAGUUCGAGAAGCAGGUGGAACACAACUCCGUGCUAAUCCUCGAUACGUGCCCUGCUCAUGUGAGCGUCCAGUCAGACCGCGUCAAACUGUUGUACGUGCAGUCCAAUAUGCGCGAGCUGCAGCCUCUGUACGGAGGCGUCCUGAAUGUUUUCAAAUGCAAGUACAGGGCUGACCUGGUGGUUCACUAUCUCAAUUUCCCCGACCUGAGCAAUCGUAUCUCCAUUCUGGAUGCCCUGCUCUUGCUGGGUGAAGCCUGGAGCCACGUUCCGCGCGAGACCAUCGUCAAUUGCUGGGUGCGUUCGCAGCUGCUGCCAGUUCGCAUGUGUGCUGGUCGCUCGCAGAAUGGCGAUAGUGACCCCAUGGAUCAGCUGUGCUCAUCACUUAUGAAAGUGCGCCCCGACAUUACGCGUAAGGACGUUGAAGACUACCUGCACUGCGAUGACUCAUGCUCCACAACAUACAGUUUCAGCGAGGAGGCCAUCGAAUGCGCAAAGCCAGGCAUCACCGAGGCACCUCCCCACUCACAGUAUCAGCAUGGUGGCUGUCCUACCAACCUACGUCCUGGUGAAAUACUGGGUAUGCUUGACAAAAUGGAGCAUUUCUUCACCCACCAGGCACUGACCAGUACUACUGACUUGCUGGCCAUUCACAGCCUUCGAAGUAAAACUAUACAGAUAGCCAGCAAUGACUUUCAGACUGAGUGAUUCACUGUCUUCCUUCCUUUAUGGUAUAGCCAACUUGUUUUUCAAUAAGGUAGCUGAAAUUCAAUAGAAUAGACUGUGCAAAUAUGCCAGGUCCCCUUGGCACUUAGCAUUUCUCAAUACCCCACUGAAAGUCACCUGUACUUGCUGAUGCAUGCAGGUGGCACUUAGCAUUAAUUUUGCAGAUGGCUUACAUGUGGCUUCACACAAACCAUACUGGAACACCAUGUGGCAUCACUACUAGGCUGGAUAUAAUGUGUUGCUUGUGAUGCCCAUCGUCUUCCAACAUGGCAGCUGUGACGUCAGUGCAAAUGAUUGUCACUCCUGUUGGCAAGCAGGCACCCUGUUCCAACCAUAGAGCCGGUGUUCGUCGUAGUCGGGGCAGUGUCAAUACCUGAUUUAUAUUGCAUAGUAAAUAUGCAACUAUACAUUAUCUAGACCUCAUGAUGAGCUUGUUCCUUCAAGGGACACCAAAACCAUUGAAAACUGCACUAAAAUGACACAAUCGCAUAUUAACUCCAUCCACCUGUAAAAUGAUGUCAAAGCAAAAAUGUUCUGAGCAACUGAAAGAAGGAAGCAGUAGUGUCAUGAUUUGAUAUUUCUGUUAUUUCUGUAAGUGAACAUUUAAUGUGUCUGCUUUUCGAGUGGUCAUGUCUUGGCAGGUAAGACCACGGAGGCUAUGCAAUGCAUGAAGAAAGAAAGGAAAGCUGUCAUGAAAUUGCACUAUAAUGCUUUAAGAACUUCAAGGGGUACAGGCACUAAUGUUUUUCUAUGCCUCAUUCCAGUCUUGCAUGUUUGGUGCACUUGGUCACCUAAUCUAAAAAAGUCCAUCUGCCAACAGUGCAAGCACUUGCUGUAGCCACAUACUUCUAGCAAGCCUACCGCUAAGAGUAAUUCACUACUGUUUGUUCAACUAUUAAUUUUUCUGGUAUGGCCUUUUGUAUGGGCAAAUAUAGUGGUGGUGCCUUAGCCAUAGCUUCCUCUGCAUUUCGUGCACUCGUGGUUUCCAAGCUAAGUAAUCUUGAUGGUUUCAUGGCUGCCAUGUACAGCAUCUGUUCUGCUUGUACCAGCAGCUAGCUCACCAAAUGUUGUGAAUAAGUUAUAUGCGUUUUACACUUGCUACCAUGAGCACUUUGGUGGCACCAAGUAAACAAAGCCGCAGUUUUAUUGAACAAAUUGGCAUCGGGCUCCCAAGUAUUGUGUUCCUACUCAAUACGAUGUUACCCCAUUAUGCUCCUGCAUCUUGUGUUUUCUUUUGAGGAGGGCACUGACCUAAAUUAAGAAGCAGACACAGUUUACUACACAAAUGCGUAGGAAGUUUUGAUGGGUCAGAGGGUACACAUGUACAAGCUUCUCAGUGGUAUGCUGGCUUCUGGUAUCCUGACAUUGCCAUCAAGGAUGAUGAUAACCAACAUAGCGCUCAAAGCAUAGAAAGCCUCGGAGCACAUGACUGUCAGCUUUGAUAAUGGAGACGAUGGAUACAAGAUAUCUUCAACACUGAAUCGUAUAAUUUUUUUUUAACAGCGUAGAACGAGUUUUAUGAACUAAACCAUUUGCAGAGUAAAAGUGCACUGCAUUAACUCAUUUUGAUGGUUACCUUGCUGUUACGUUUUCUUGUCCAUUACUUCUUUUCCAUGGUCAACUGAAGCACAUAGCGUGUUUCUCUUUUACUAAAAUCACUGGAGGCAAUGGCUCCAUCUUGAAUAGCCUUGUUGGAGUCUGCAGAGUUGCAUAAAGAAAUGGUGUUAAAUUACUUUUCUUUUUCACACGUGAUUGUAGAUUAAAAAAGUUGCCACAAGAUGAACUCCUUUCCCCCCCCCCCCCCCCAAGGAUGAAGGCCUAGCUGGUGCCUGUACCCCUCAGUAUGUUAGCUCCAGGUAUUUUACUGCAACCAUUGUAGGGAAGUGUACUGUAUGAGUGGAUAAUGCAGUAGGCAGUCAUUUAGCAUGCCGAAGCUACAUACACAUUGUACCGAGCAUGCUCUUAAAAAGCAUGCACCAGUCACUUACUCAUUUGAAUGCUAAUCUCAGUACCCUGAAUCCUUUUUCCAAAUUUUGACUUGUUACUCUUGUCUUUGCUGCCCCUCUUAUUUCACUGAUCCUUAACAUCAUUCCAAAUGUUGAGUAUUGUAUUUAGGAAGUAGAAAAGCAACUGUUCAAGGCAUUUGCACAUCAUUUUCUUUUAAUAUUUUUUAAUGAGCAUUUCAGCCAGGUAUCAAUGCCAGGACCAUGCCACUAAGUAUUAUUUUUGUAGUCCCUGUUUUAAGUUCCUAUUGUUUACACCACUGAGUUGUCACUCCUAUAAGCAUAUGUAUUUUACAUUCACAUUGUCUAUUCCCUUCCAUGUCCAUUUUGUAUUUGUUCCUAUGUAUGUUUGAAAAAUGACUAUUGUGCACACUUGUGCUUUUGUGGCAUUAUACAACGUUCCUCAUUUUACUGUCGUUUUUGCGCAAUCAUGUUCUUCAUUGUACUGAUGAGCAUUCAUUUUGUUAUACCACUUUUUUUCAUGUGUGAAUUAUUAUUUUACGUGUUUAAAAUUACUUUCACUGUGUAAUCCAGGGCAAACAUGGGAAAGUGGGAGGGGGAAAUUGAAGACGACAAGCAGAACAAGAACAAGGUGACAGCGGGAGCCAACAUUUCAAUGAGUGGACUUGUCAAAACAUUGGCUCCCAGUUUCACUCUGUUCUUGUUUCAUUGUGUAAAGCAUACAACCCUGUACACAAGGAUGCAUGUUGCAGAUUGCAAGACUGCUUAAUGAUAGUGCAGCGAGAUGCUAUGAUUGCUUCAUUGCAUGUUUGCGAGAUAUACACAAAUGGCAGGCACAAUGUAACGAAGCGUAUUGCUUGGAAACUGUAUAUAAUAUAAUGAAUGACCUAAAUAACAAAUCUAUGCAGGAACACAGACAACAUUGUAGCAUUACCAGGCACCAAUGCAUAACAGAGAAGUCAAGCAAAAGUGUCAUGCCAGUAGCAUCUUAUGUGCUUGCAGUUUUUAAUACAGAAUUUACAGCAUUUAGAAAGUAGUUAUCUAUGCAGUUUUAUGUGUUGUUUUUACCCAUACAAAUUUACAUGAUCUGUGGGUACAACCUGCUAUGCUGAGCUACACUGAACAUCGAAAGAAACAUUGAACCUGUUUAAUGCUCUUGCAUCGUGCAACAACACAUGCUAGUAUUUAGAGUAGCUUUUUGCAGCAGGCACACCUAGUGCCUCUAAAGGACUGUCCAGAAUCGUGACUUGCACAUAUCAUCGUAUCAAUGACAAGGUUUACCCCAUUUCUUUUUGCAGGAACAUAUCACAAAUAUGACUAAAUUUGAGCUCAGUGUGCUUACAUGUAUCAAAGAAUGCUUGUUGCAUCUAUUCUACUAAUCGCCCUCCUGCAUUUUAAUUCAUGUGUUGACUCAUACUGUACUUGAAGUCAUAUGCAGAAGUCAGUUCCAUUUGUUUUGUACAAUGUGAAAAUUUUCUAGCUAUGUGCUGGAUCACCCGUUGAACAGGCACCAGCUAGGGUGCAGAUGCUGCUUUGUGUGCUGUGCUAAUCAGCACACUGCUAUUUUGUGCACAAUCUACAAGCGUGAAAUUACGUGAACAGGAUGUUUUGCUUUCUUUAGCAGUCACGUAUGCAUUCACAGGCCAUCUUUCUCAUGUUGCACUUUUGUGUUACAUACUUGUAGUGUUUCAAAUGCACCAAAAAUUUUACUAUUAUUCACUUGGAGGUCACAGAAGGUUUUUCAUACAUGUCAUAGCUGUCACAAUUUUUUUACACUCUUGUCAUCCAUGGUUAUUGUGCCUGAGCAUUGAUUUUGAAGCAGGAAUAUUUUCCUGUAGAAGAUUUUUUUGUGCAAAUGAUUGUACAUUAUGCAUUGUGUUUGGUGUAUGGAUAGGAAAAGCCAAGUCACAUGUUUUGUUUCUUUAUGUGAGCAUUUUUUCAUUUUGAAUCCGCUCAUUGUUACCUGGUCGCUGCUACCAAAGAAGUGGUUACACACUACCGGGGCACGAAUGGGCAUACCUUUAACUUUACACUAAACCUUUUUAACACAUGUUGUAUUCAUGCGUAUUUUGCAUUGUUGACUUAGCACAUCACUAUAAACAUUGCAAAAUUUAGUUUGUUGCGAGACAUGUUCAAUGCAAACUUAUGCCGUGCUGUUUGUACAAAAAAUAUGUGGCUACAUAACAUGCCAAGCAUGUAUUUACAGAUACAGAGCCAAAUCAAAACCUUGUCUGAACGUUAUAGAUGUGCAGACCUUAUGCUUUCCUAUUGAGUUUGCUUUUGGUGUGUAGUAGAGCCAAACAUUGUUGUCAGGUGCAAUGGGAGAGAAUGCUUUGUGGGGUAUGGAUAAUCCCUCUGCUCCAAGUUUUCUUUUGCACAAUUUGCUUCGCAACACUCUUCGUAGCUCAGAAAGCACAGGAGCACCAGAUGUUAAAUUUGCCUCCAUCAGUAUUGGACAAUAUAAAAUUUUCUGAAUGCGGAAUUCGAGCCGCAUUCUUAAGCUGUUGAGCUGUUAUUUGGUGAUAGACAUUUAGCUUUAUUACGUUUUCAUUGUGCACUGCACUCGUAAGAGCCAGUAAAAUAUAUUUUUGAACAGAAACAUGAAGCUAAACGUCAGACCGGACAGUGAUGUGCACGCAGUUGCAUGCCAGUAAUAUCACUAACGUAAUAAACAUUGCCUGUAUUUUGGAGGACUACAGUUAGAAGGCUAUUUUUACCAUCCAAAUGUACCCAACAUGUAAUAAUAUCCACCUUUAUUUAACAUGCACCCAACACGUGAAGAAAUAAAGGUAUGUUUAGUCGAGAUAUCUUUCAUACUGCAAAUCUUGAGUUCAGUAUCUCGACAGGUGAUGUGACAGGAACGAAUUUUACUCUCACCACCUUUGUAAUCGAACAAAUGCAUCACAUUUUACCCUCGAUAAAGUAGCAUGUAUGUUAACAUGUGAAAGUUGGUGUACAUUCCAAAAGAUGCACUCCCAGCCAUACUGACACCUAGCUGCUUCUGAACUUGAAACAAGUUGUAUAAAUGUUGUUGAGAAGCAGUCCCAGCUUCCUGCCUUUUCUUUCCUUUUUUUUUUUUUGCUUUGGCCUUCUUGUCAUACCCCCAGUAGCUGCUCAUUUGCGCAGCACAACAAAGAUGAAUCAAAGUUCUGAGCUUUGGAUAAAAACCUCUGGCCUUAGCACGAUAAGCAAACGGUUUGCCAGUAGAGUUGCUGUGAAUUAUAGAGUGCUUGUGAGUCCUGAUGCAGCUAUACUGUAAUGCUGUGCUUGCAGAAAGUAAUGAGUAAGUAAUGGCUUUAGAAAGCUUGUACUUUGAUGUGGUAGGUGAGAGUGGUUUGUUAGAAGUCGACAUAACUUGUAACUGUAGAAGGACAUUUAGCAGCUGGAAAAUGUGUGCCAAAUUGUUUCGUGGCGUUUGGGUACAACUUACCAUUCCUAGCCAUGCAUAUUUUAUGCAGAUUGUACUGUACAUAGCAGUCAUUGCCUACCGUAGUUUGUGAAGCUUAUAUAAUUCUAUGCAUAGCCAAGGUCUCUGUCACACAUUUUGUUUGCCUUGUGCAUCUUUUACUGGCCCGCUUGUCGGGAACCUCGUACGAGCAGUCAUACAGUCUGCCCUUGUCCUCUGUUCCGGUCUGCAUUGUUGUGCUUCUUCUGCACUAUAACAGAAAUGCUUUAAUCAAGUGUGUUCACCGCAUGCAGUACUUUGUCCUAUGUGCAUUUUAUUUUGAUGUGUCUUUAGCUGAUAAUAUUGAUGCUGGCUUAAGCAAAAACGAAAAAAAACCCUUUGCUUAACCCUACAAAGCCCUACAUAUCAUUGUUGAUAUGCCAAGAUUGAUACCUCAAUAUUCUGAUUUAUGCGAGCGAAAUUUAUUGCAAAGCCCAUAAUUGCAUUUUUAAUAUGGUGGAGCAAGGUCCUAGUUGGGGAAAUCUCAUCAAACUAUAUACAAGAAAUUAUUCUAAUUCUUAACUGAAAUACUUCUUUUUCUCUUUUUCUUUUUUACAAAUGCACUCAUGGUCAGAAAUGCAAAUGAACAAGUUCUAAUUUUCUUUAGUGUAGAAUGGUGUUUGGCUUUUCUGGGGUUAAGCUAUUCGAACUCCUCUGCUUUGCAAGUCAGCAAAAUGUGUCAGUGAAAUAUGGUUACAAAACAAUACUGCUUAUAUAUAAAAUGAGCUUCAAUAACUUUUAAUUGUUGUUUGAAAUGGCAAGAAGUGAGCCGCCAAUCAAAUCUUUUGAGCAAUUUUUUUACUGAUAUUUAUUUGCUACAGCUAGUUUUGGUAGUUGCUGUCAUCCAGGCAGCCUUGUAUGAAAAACAAAGUGCUAGUUCUUGUCAGUAGCUGUUGAGCUUGAGUGAUAGACUGGUAGCUACAUUGAACCCACGAAGGCCUGCCUUUUGAUGCUGGGCAUCAACACAACAUAUGCAAUUUAAUACUUUUUAAUAAAAGCCAUUUCAUGCAACAGCUGUAUGCAAACAGAACAGAAGGAGCUGCUGCUUUGUUUGUGUUGUUGCGACAGCAGCUUGGUAAACAAGUUGGCGUUCACACAUUCAAAGUGUUGGAGUGUCGGAGACUUUGUAUGCUAAGCAAUACAUCUUUACCACUGCUGAAUGCAUGAAGGCUUCAUGCAAAUGCAACAAUUCAUUAUGCUUAUUCAUACCUCUGUUCAAAAUUAAAUGAAAUAUCUCCUUACUUCUUCUUCUUCUUUUUUUUUUAAUCUACCCUCCUGGAACACGUACAGGGCAAUACACUCUUGGGAGGAACAUUUCAUGGUAUUCAGUCACAUAUAAAGUUGGGAUUUCUUUCAUGUUAUGACAGAUAAAGUCACCAGUAUGAGGUCUUCAGUUAUUAUCUACUAAUAAAAGAUUAGUAAGCACUUAGUCAUGUCAAAUUUACGCUUUUGUGGACACUUGAAUGUUUUUAUAAGGCAUAUUCAAUAAUGUCCCUUUACUGCUUGGAAAAUAAUUUUGUAAUAAUUUACUUGCACGGAAUAUACCCCAUUGUUUCUGGCUUUGUGGCAUUAUUAAGGCGCUUUUUAAAGAAAAACGUGAAAAUUUUUGUGGAUAAUGCUUUAUCAAUGUAUUUGUACCCUCUGUUCUACAGGCAUCUUUUGCAUCUUAAUAUUACUCUUGCAACGUAGUGCUUAUUCUUGCUGAUAAACAUUUCUUUAUGAUAUUACUGUGAUUAUUGGUCUACAAAUCUGUUUCUGCAGAAGAGUUCUAAGCUAGGCUAGUUGGUUCAUGAUGUACAUAGUGAAUAGUGUAAGUGACGGGACUAAUGAUAGUGACGAGUGUGGGAAAUAUGCCAUGUUUCAAAUUUUUUCUCCAAGUUGGUAGAAGUGUAAUUUAAAACUGGGAUUAGCACAGUGCUCUUGUACUUCUGCUUAAGAAAAGAUUAGCAGAAGCCAGAUACAAGAGUUCUUGAAAGCUGCAUGCAUGCUUCAAAAAAGCACAGAUCCCAUUCAAGACCUUGCCUGCUCAACUAGGCACACAGCCUCGGCUAGGAAGCUUGCACAGCCACCAAAGAGCUGCAAGAAUUAUGCGAUAGCAGUUCACCGAUAUGCUCCUUGCUAUCGAGUUUUCUUGGCUGCACCGUCACUAGCAAAGCCUAGCUGUUCAUGAAAUAGUGAACGAAUUGUAUUACCACUGUAUUGGUCAUAGUAAAACAUUUAGUGGCCUUGAACAUAUAAAUCUUCAAUGAUACGAGCCGUACCAUGACUCGUUCAAUUUUGACAACAUAUGAAUAUUCCUCUGCUAGCUUUUUUUUCUUGUUUUCUUGCUUUCCUUGCACUAUUUAUUACCUGUAAGGUGGUUCAUGUUUAUCACUAUGCAGCACCAACUGUACAUGAAGAAAACUUAGCAUCACGAUGUAGCAAAGGUAAAUGGCUCCUUCUCAAGUACAGGCACCUUUGUACCCCGUUUUACUAUGGUUCAGCUGAAGGCAAAAAGGGAGGUUCAGUAACCGCAGUGUUAGCUGGUGCCUGUGCCAUGGCCGCUGGAUUAAAGAAAUAAAGGGGGACAGCCGUAGUUGCAUUUUCGGCCGCUUGGUUGGGCCGAAUGGCACUAGUUGCAGGGGGUAGGAUGUGUCAGGCGACGGCAUUCCAAGUGUGUUUUUGAUGCAUUUUAUAUGCUGAUCCCAGACAAACAGUCCCAGCUGGUGGUGCCACGGCAAAGGACACCGUUUUCUAUGCAUGCGACAGGCCGCACUUUUUUUUCUUAAUCUAGCGGCUGUGCCUCUGCACUCCCUCCUAGUGCAUGCUUUGCUGGGGGCACUAGCUGAAGCAUCGGCAAGCAUUCAUGCUUCUUUUUUCAGAACCCCAGCUGUGACCAAACAUACUUCAAAACCUUGAGUUUCCAGAAGUGCAAGUUUCCUAGUGCACUCCUAAUUAAAGCAUCAUCUGUCCACUUGUGUGCUUAGCUCGUGUUGUGCUUUUUGUUUUCAUAUUUGCAUGUGAGAAACUUGCACUUUCUUAUUAGGCAAGGAAAAGCUCACCCAUUUUGAUAUAAUUAUAUAAGUGGCUAAGGGAUUAUUAAUGUGUUCACAACAUACUCGUAACAGAUACAAGUGAAGGGAAAGCAUCCUAUGGUCAUGUGUGUAUCUUUAAAUGAAACAUAUUUUUGUUUUAUUCUUUUUAUGUAGCAAACGUUGGCAUCAAUCCUACUUACUUGUGCUGUUGUAUGCAAUAUUGUUGGCUUGCUGCUACUUCUUUGUAAUUGGUGCGUAUUAUGUCCAAUGACAAAAAUAAAGGCACUGAAAGACA